AUGAACCUUUGGCUGCUCCUGUGGUUUACGGCACUGUCCUGCCUUCGGGAAAGCAGCAGUGAUGAUAACAGCACAGCAUCCACUGCCUGUCAGCAGCUCCAAGUUUUGAACCUCAGCAGAAAUGGCAUUGAGUUCUUCAUGACAGAUGAGAGCAAGGAAGAAUAUCAUCUUCAAGUACUUGAUCUGAGUCACAACAGGUUGUUACAUUUCCCAUUUCUUCUAAAAUUACAUCAGCUAAAACAUUUGAAUUUGUCAAAUAAUUUAAUGAUCAGUGUAACACCUGAUCUACUGAGCAACUCAGCUGAGUGGGAUGCAAGAAACCGAUAUAAAGAAUUUGAAGUGUUAAAUAAGACAAUCAAACAUAGUGCGUAUGCAAAUUUAUCAGACGUAAUAUCUUUGGAUUUAAGCAACAAUGUACUGCCGGAUAUAUCACAUGGCUUUCUGAGUAAAUUUAAUUCUCUUCAACACUUGAACCUCAGUAGAAACUGUUUCCAGAAUUUUAGUGUAGCAGAUAAUGAUGAACUGAAUUCCCUGUCUUCUCUAGAUUUAAGUGACAAUAAACUGGACAAUAUAUCUGUGCUGGGAGAUAAUCAAAAAUUCCUUUCCUUAAGGUACUUGUUCCUUCAAAAUAAUUCCAUUCAGUUACUGCCCUCUCAGUUUUUCAAAGCUCUGCCUAAAAUUGAAAAGGUCAAUCUUGCUAACAAUAAUGUAAAGAUUUGUAAUGUGGCAAAUAAAAGCAUAGGAUAUGGUGACCAAAUUCACAGCAGCCACAAUGACUGUGUGUCUUUUUCUGGAAUACCUACUCUUAAAUACCUCAACCUCGAUGGAAAUAAUAUUACACUGCUUGCACCUCACACAUUCUAUCAAACUCCCCUGGUGUACUUGGAGGUUUCCAGAAACAAAUAUCUGGAAGUGCCAGAUCAGGCUCUGACAGGCUUGGAACAAUCUUUACAAUACCUCUCUUUAAGUUGGAAUUUGAUGCAAUGCACCAAAGUGACUCUGCCUUGUUUGAGUCACCUCAGAAGUUUGGAUUUGUCACAUAAUCAGUUUGAAUGUCUACCUUAUGGUGUUGGAUGUUCUCCAUUGCAAUACCUUGAUAUUCGGGGCAACAAUUUGUAUGCUCUUCAAGAUUUAGUAACAAGAAACAUGUCCCAAACUCUUAAAACACUGUAUUUGAGUGGAAAUUACUUUAAUUGUUGUGCAUUGACUUGGCUAGAUGCACUGAAUGGUGCCAGGGUUGAAAUCCCAGAUAUGGAUGACACCCAAUGUUCUUACCCAAACCAUAAUGACUCUUCAACAGUCCAAUUAUUAAGUGAUCACAAAGGAGAAUGUUAUACUGAAAGCGUCACGAAAGUCAGUCCCCUUCUACUUCUAAUAUUUGCACUUGCCUUUCUAAUAGUUAUUGGAUCUGUGAUAACAUUAAUUGCUGGAGAGUGCUGUAGGUUGUGCCUGAAUCCUGGGGAUGAUGUUUUUGAGGCAGACACUGCUCCAGUGAAAACAAACAGUGAACACCAGCUGGAAGGGCUGUCUCUAAGUGUCAUUAACAUAGAAAUGUGAAACAGGAGAAAGCAUUGCUGAACUGCACCAUGGAAUAGAAAUACCAAAGCUUCAAACACAACUUCAGACCUGACGCAGAUUUGGACUCCAAGUGAAGCCGAGCUAUUGAAAGCAGAAAGACUUUAGUUUUAGGCCAUGCAACCAAGCUUUGUUCAGUCUCAAGUCUGAUAAAGGUUUUCUGACUUUUUGUUUGGAGAUAUUUACAAUUUCUGG